AUGACCGAAGAGAGGAAAGCUGCAGAGGUAAAGAGGAUGAACGAAUCCUCGAAAAGACGCCUCAUGCUCGGCAUGCAAGGGAAGAAGAAGGGGCGGCAGGCCGGAACGGCACCGACGCCUUCGGGAGGGGUGGACCCUGACGAUCUGACCCUCAACGAGCGCCGUCGCCAGAUGAAUGCUAAAUCGGCGCCUGCCGAAGUUGCCGAUGCUGGUCCGUCCCCCAGCCGAGGCACGCCUACCGAAGGUACCUCCUCUAGAGCUGCAGGCAAAAGGCCGUUCACGGUGGACCUUGAUGCCGACCCUGCUCCAAAACGCGGGCGACAAGCCGAGCCUGCUCGGGCCAUCUUCUCUGCCGAGGACGACGAGGCCCCUCCCGAAACUGUCACCCUGGCCUGUCCUUCGAAGACGGUACAGUUUGUGAACCAUAUGAUCCUCGGUUCACAAAUGGAGCUGUCCGAGAUCGAGGACCUGCCGAAGAAGCUCCUUCGGGAGGAGGCUGGCCGCGCCUUCCGUCUCCAACCUUCGGCCUCAAUGGACAUGUGGCUCUGCGUCAAGCGAGCCAUUAAUGCCGCUGAAAAGACGAAGAAGGCAUACGAAGACGGCAGAGCGAAGGUUGCCGAAGCUGGCAAAACCAUCCAAGCUCAGGCGAACUUGGCCAAGGACAUGCAGGCUGCCGAACGGCAGGUAAAAGUUUAUCAAGCCAAGCUUGGCGAGAUGUCUGCAGCCUUGGAGGCAGCGCAACUGACGGCAAAGGAGGCUCUGGAGUCGAAGGAGGCGGUCCAGGUGGCAUUUGAGGAGUCCGAGCGGGUCAGGGCUUCCGUGAUCGAGGCUGCCGUUCAGGAGGCGGUACGGGGCUACCGUCGGUCUACCGAGUUUUCUACCUUACUGGACAAGGAGGUAGGCUCGGAAAUGGCGGACCUACUCUACCAUUUCAAGCGGUACAACCCCGGGAAAAAGCUCAACCUCAACUUCAUUGCCGAUCCUCCCCCUCUUCCUGAAGGCAUAACCGAAGAGAUGGUCGAGGAGUACGAGGGGGAGGACAUGACAGAGGAGGUCCCAGCCGAUCCCGAAGGGGGUGCUGCCGAAGCCGAUGGGGUUGCCGCCGAAGCCGAUGAGGCUGCCGCUUGA